AUGAAUGCCCCCAAGGUAUUGUUCGUCAAUAAAAGCGCCACGUCGGAAUCUCUUUCCCACAGUGGUAGCAAAGACGGGACCAAGAUUUAUAGCCAUGUUCAGAGGACCCGGAGAUGGAAGAACUCAGAUCAUGGAAUUAUCCAGGCAAAGCGUUUGACCAAGGCUGAGACCCGAGGUCGCCACGCAUCUUGGUCCGGUGAUGAUGACUCGGAGAAAGGCACCACCAACAUUGACCAAGGGCCUCUUUCAAACCAAAUCGCAAAUGGCAAUGGCUCGGCACCGACAAAGCCAUCUCAAUCUGUAACGAGUAACGAUUUCGCAAGUCUAUACAAAAUGCCGCAAUCCACGGAAGAUAUCGUCGAUCCUUUCAACACGACAUGUAUCGUGGUGGACAAAACAGUCCACACGCUCUUGCAGUACUACCUUCACAUUGUGCACCCAAGCGUCUGGCACAUCCUCACCGCCGGCCGAAAUGGAAACGCCGACAUCUUCAAGGAGAAGGCGAUGACGAUUUUAAAAGGCUGUUUGAGCGAGCAGUACGAUAUGUACUGCCUUCUGGCGUCUAUGAAUGUUCACAUGAGGUACUUGGACGGUUAUGAGUCUGGUAAAGACAACGACUACUUCAUGGUCAAGGCGGUCAAGGCUUCACAGGACUAUAUGCAACGGGUCAAACAGAUAUCUGAGCAAAUGAUCUUCAACGUCUUCCAAUUGAGCUUUGCGGAAUGGUACCGUAACAAUGAACAUGCCACGUUGGUUCAUUUUCGUGCUGCGGCGAACAUGGCCCGAUCGAUGGGUGGUCUCAGGGCAUUGGCUAAGCCGAUCGCCGACGUGCUCGUCUUGGGCGACGGAUACAUCGCUGGUGAACUCGGGACUACCCCUAUCUUCUCACACACCGACUUUGCCAUGGAAGAUGACCCAGUCAUGUCACCCUACACCGAUCAUAUUUUAUCCCAACUGCUGUCCGGCUCGGUAUCAGUGGCCGCGGGACUGCUCGAGCACGGCCAGAAUGAAAUCGUGCCGACCGAACUCAAUCUUAUCAUCACGGAUCUCGCGGUCGCGAUGCUGAUCACAAACGCCGCUGAUGCCGGGGCGACGCCGUCCACUGUCGCCGAACGAUCGACAGGAUGGAUCUACCACCGCGUCCUCGUCGUGCGGCACCGCCUCCUCGAGCAGAAAUUCGACGACCCCAGAUCCGAGUCCAUCAAACUCGCCCUCUUGAUCUGGAUCCUCCAAUGCUUCACACGCGCAGGUCGACUCCGCUCCGCCAAGCUCAUCGCGCCGAAACUGCGCAAGUGCCUCCAAAAAAUGUCCGAGGACUCAUGGAAGUAUCACGAUGAAAUCCGGCUGUGGGUAAUGAUAGUCGGUGCAGCCGCAGCGCGUAAUGGCAGCGGUGACCACGCAUGGUUCGUGCAGCGGAUCUUGCCUUCUGUGGCGUCGGGCUUUGACGAAUUGGCGGUGAGGGAUGAUCUCGCUGGCGUUUGCUGCAGGUUCUUCUACCGUGACUUUUCGGAGGGUGACUUGAUUGGACUGCUCGCGAGGGACAUUGUGAAGAUGAAACGAAAGGGAACGUCGGUGUCAGCGCCCGUCGGGUAUGGAGCUGCUACACUUCGCGACUGA